AUGUAUGUAAGCUAUAAAAAGAAUGAUGGUACACAAGUUAAAGUUCCAUUAGACAACAACUGCUACUUAAACUUAUAUGGAGACGAACAAAAGAAAUAUUUAAGAGUUUAUGAAAUGGCAGAUAUGACUUUGCCUGACCCAGCUCCGGCACCACAUUAUUAUGACUAUGGAGAUGACGACAGAACACCACAUGUAGAUGAACAAAAGCUAACAUUAUAUUUAGAUUAUUAUAGAUAUAAAAGAUAUAAUGCAAUAGAAAAAACGAGAAUA